AUGGAGCAGAGGCACUCAGCGCAGCUCGACACAGGAGAGAAACCUUUCAAGUGCACUGUGUGUGAGAAGGCAUUUGCAAAGUCAUCAAAUCUUCAGACCCACCAGAGAACACACACAGGAGAGAAACCUUUUAAGUGCACUGUGUGUGAGAAGGCAUUUGCACGGUCAUCCAUUCUUAAAUCACACCAGAGAACACACACAGGAGAGAAACUUUUUAAGUGCACUCUGUGCGAGAAGGCGUUUGCAAAGUCAUCAAAUCUUCAAACCCACCAGAGAACACACACAGGAGAUAAGCCCUUCAAGUGCAGUGUGUGUGGGAAGGCAUUUUUUGAUUCAUCUUCUCUUAAACAACACCAGAGAACA